GGGGGGGCACAGAGCGGGGGGGGGGGCAGAGCGGGGAGAGACAGUCGGAGUGAGAGGGCGAGUGUUACAGUGACCACAUCCGAGGUCACUGGUCACUGUGGUCACAUUUGCUGCAGUAACACAUUACUUCAUUACUUCAUUGGAAACGACGCGACAACAGUGACACUGACGGCGGAGCCGCUGAUUGCGGUGUUUGGGCUCUGGGGUUUGCCGUUCGCUGACGGUUUUCUCACCGUAUUGGAGAGGAUGGAACACGUGAAUUCACUGAAAAAUUGAGCUGAGAAAGGAGAGCCAAGUGGGGGGUAACCCGGACACAAACUGGACAUUGGCAGCUUUCUGUGCGAUCAUAUCCACAACCAAUUGGUCAUCAAUCAAUGUUCAAUUGGGAAAUGGGGAGAACAUGAAAACUGGAUCAGGUGCGUGAGGAACCCGUCAGAGAGGACCAAAUGAGCAUAACACCAUCCGGGCUGAGCGAGAGGUUUCCCAUCAGAAGACUUCCCAGGCAAGGAGCCGUGGUGCAGAAGGACCUGUCGCCUGAUAAAAAACAUGAGAAAAAGAACUUGGAAAAAUCUCCUCCAUUUGAGUUUGACCCAACAGGUCUGGUGCAACGCUGUGUUAUCAUCCAGCGCGACGAGAACGGCUUUGGGCUGACUGUCAGUGGGGACAACCCGGUAUUUGUGCAGUCUGUCAAAGAGGAUGGAGCUGCAGUACGAGCUGGGGUGCAACAAGGAGACAGGAUCAUUAAAGUUAAUGGGACGUUGGUCACUCACUCCAACCAUGUUGAAGUUGUUCGGUUAAUCAAAUCCGGCUCCUAUGUAGCUCUCACUGUGCUGGGACGGCCGCCAGGGUCUCCCCAGAUCCCCCUCAGCACCUCCGAUGGAGAUUCGGGGACUUUCCUGUUCCCUGGGCAACCAGCUCCGGUCUUCUCUCCAACCAGCAGCACAGAGAGAAUCACCAGCCCCACACUCAUGGGUGAAGACACCAUUGUUCACAGUCAGAAGCUGCAGAUCCUGCAGAGCAUGUUGGACACUGAGUGUCAGCAGUAUCAGUUACUUAAGGAAAAGUGUCAGAAAAACCCGACACAACAGCUGCUGCGUGAGAAACAGGAGGCAGAGAAACGCAUCCACCAGGUUCGGGAGCAGCUCCACAAAGCCAGCGGCAUCUCCCAGGAUGUGCCGGGCUCAGCCACACUUUCCGAAACUUUGUCAAUUGUUGAAGCAACGACUGAAGAGGUGAGAGAGUUGGAGCCGUAUUUGCACUCCCCGAGCGAGAGUGAGAUAAUGGAGAGAAUCCAGACUUCCUUCAGUCAAAUCGAGACUGAUGUGAGCCCCUUUGCAGUUCAGGACGGCCUCAGCCCCAGAGACUAUCCUCCCAGCGGCUCAGCCUCCUUCAAGGACAGCGGCAACUGUGAGAGGGCGGAGACAGACGAUAGUCCUGACUGGGAUUCGCAGUUGGGGAGCCCCCCUCUCCGGGGCGGAGCCCACAUCAUCGGAGCUGAGGAUGACGAUUUUGGUAACGAAGCCGAGCAGGUGGACAUUCAGUGCAGCUGCUUCCAAACCCUGGAGACAUUGCGGUCCCGCCCGGCACAUGUGGUGGCGUUUCUGCAUCACGUCCUCUCGCAGUUUGACCCGGUUCCAUCGCUCUGCUAUCUUUAUGCUGAAUUUUACAAUCAGACAAACUCAAAGGAGAAUCGCAGAGUUUUCGUGGAAUUCUACCAUUUAUUCCUGGAAAAAGGAGCCAAUCUGAAGGUUCAGGCCCCAGAGGGAAUCACCGCGGAGCUGGAGCGGAGGCGCCUGGAUCUAAUCCCAGAGGAGCUGCAGCGGCAGUUCGUGCAGACGGUGCAAGACAAUGUGUUGGCAGAGGUGCAGGCCCACCUGCAGGACUUCAGGCAGAAACGGAACAUGGGGAUGACGAUUGGCGAGGUGGAACUCUCCAAGUUGGAUUUGGAGCGAAGUCGGGAUCGGAACAUGUGUGAGCAGCGGGAACGUCUGUGCGCGGAGCAGCUGCUGCUGAAGAUUGAAGAAGUUCUGGCGACUUUGUCACCAACAGAGGAGGAGAAAAGUAACUCCAUGUUGGACGUGAUCCUCACUUACAUGAAACACCUCGGGGUGAAGGUGAAGGACCCGCGGAAUCUCGACCGUGACCGUAGAAUACGAGUCGCGUUCUUUCCGAAGAAAAAGGCGAGUAUAAAGAAGGAAAAGGAAGAUGAGAAAAAGAAACGCUUCCAGAGUAUCCUGGACCCGAUUCGCCGCACGAGCAAACAAGACCGGAUUGCAAUUGAAAAGGCCAAGAUACUGCACCAGAAGCAGUUGAACCAACCGAACCGCUCGGCCUCACUCCCCGAGCACCCGGAGCCAGUGAGACUCCGACCAAUGGGGUCAUCCAGCGACACCACAGACGGGAAUCAGCACCUGUCGCCCGGAGCUGUCCCUGGUCACGAGGGUCCGACAGAGAGACUACCAGACCCUCUUGCUGGCCCGGUGCUGGGAAAGCCGUUUGGAGACAAUCCAUUAUCUGGAGACUUGAGUACGUCCACCCCGAAGCCCGGCACCAUCUUCGACUAUCCGACCGGUCUGGUCCAAGUGAUCGAGGAAGAUCAAGAGUCUGAGAGAAGUGUGGAGACGGCCACUCCCCCCUGCACCCCCAGGCCAGGUCGCAGAGGGGAAAGUCUGGGCUGGGGGGACGGGCAAGGCGGCUCCCAGUCCCCGUCACUCAGCCAGACCGAGGAGGAUCAAACGCACAUCUCCGACGUGGAGCAGGAUCCCACCAAUUGGCAGCAACUGGUGACCCGGGAGGUGCUCGCAGGCCUAAAACCUCUGGAGAUAAAACGUCAAGAAGUUAUCAAUGAGCUGUUCCACACGGAGCGGGCGCACAUCCGGAUGCUCCGAGUCCUGGACGUGAUUUUUCAACAGAAGAUGGUCCGCGAUGGCACGCUGCCCCCUGGGGACAUCAAACACAUAUUCUGCAACCUGGAAGCCAUCCUACAAUUACAUGUUUCAUUGAAUGAACGGAUGAAAAAAGUCUGGAAAAAGAACGAAAACCUGGUAGUUGAUAAUAUCGGGGAGGAACUGCUGGCCUGGUUCAGUGGCCCCGAAGAGGAGAAGUUUAAGCGAGCGGCUGCCACGUUCUGCAGUAACCAGCCGUUUGCUCUUGAAUUCAUCAAAAACAAACAGAAGAAAGAUUCCCGGUUCCAGGCCGUGAUCCAGGAGGCCGAGAGCAAACCUCAGUGUCGGCGGCUGCAGCUGAAGGACAUUAUUCCCACUGAGAUGCAGCGACUGACAAAGUACCCGCUGCUGCUGGAGAACAUCGCCAAAAACACGGAACAACUGGAGGAGAAACAGAAAGUGAGGAAAGCGGCUGAAUGUUGCCGGCAUAUCCUAAACUACGUCAACCAGACUGUGAAGGAAGCAGAAAAUAAAGCGCGGCUUGAGGAUUACCAGCGUCGCCUGGACCUGUCCAGUCUGAAGCAAUUGGAUUAUCCGUUGAUCGAGGAGUUCCGGAGUCUGGACCUUACAAAGAGGAACAUGAUUCAUGAGGGGCCUCUAACUUGGAGGGUGAAUAAAGACAAGACAAUCGAUCUCUACACGUUGCUGCUGGAGGAUAUCUUGGUAUUGUCGCAGAAACAGGAUGAGAAGCUGGUGUUGAAAUGUCAUAGUAAAAACCUGGCUGCAACUGCGGACACAAAGCACACGUUCAGCCCGAUCAUCAAACUUACCUCUGUACUGGUGCGUGAGGUGGCAACAGAUAAUAAAGCUUUCUUUGUCAUCUCCAUGUCAGUAGACGGAGCUCAGAUUUAUGAGCUGGUGGCACACACUGUCUCGGAGCGGAAAACGUGGCAGUAUCUGAUCACACAGGCGUCUGACUCCAUUAAACCUCUGCCCCAUCAGGUGUCUACAGACCGCUCUGUCACUGAGGGGCUCCAGGAGGACGAUGUAGAAUCGAUACCAGCUGAAGCCCAAGGAUCAAGUGAUGAUCGAGGGAUCUCUCCACCAGAUAAGGAGGUGAAUUCUGUCGCAUUCAGUGCUGAGCUGCCGCCCAGAACCCAGGAGCCAGGAGUCCACUCGCUGCCACACGACACUCGGAGCAACCUGUGCGAGGGAGCUGUGCGGAGAGCGUCAGCAACACGUAUACUACCCUCUCGCGCAGACCUCGCCCUGAAAAAACUUACCUCAUUGAGACAAUUGCUGCUUCACUUAAUCGAUGCUGAUGAGGAGAAUGUUGUGGCCUCGCUUAAGCACCUUACACAACAGGACUAUCUGCAUGCACCACUGCAAGAGGAAAUUUGUGCACCACGGCAGGAGCACACGAAUGUGCUUCUGCAAGACAGUGCACAUCUAUCAUUGAGACGGGACACAAUUUAUGCAUCGCUAGGUUUGGACACAUUGCAUCCGUCGCUGGGAGAGGACACUAUGUACACAUCACUGGGAGAGAACACAAGUGAAUUGUUGGGAGAGAACUUGAUGCAUUCGUCAAGUGUAAGCCUGGAAUGUACAACUUGUGAGAUGCCCAAUGAGGCACUGCACGGUCGCCUGGAGUUGGACAUGGGGUCACUGCCGGAGACGUCAGUCACCACAAGGACUUGUCCCUCCAGUCAGAUCACACUGGAAACGGGAAAAUUGGAAUAUUCUGGGAAAGUUGAGCGUGAUGACUGUGCAGUAGAGGAGAGGUUUUAUGAUGCUCCAGAAGUUCAUUCAGAAGAACGUCCACUGGAUGAGGAUGGUGGACGAUCCCAAAUCCGUGUCUCAGGAAGUUACCUGAUGCUGGAGGAGCUCGAGGAGAUGCAGGAAAGCUGCACAGAUCCCAACGAGACACCUGCGCAGUUCCCAGAAUGCACAGCAGGUAGCCCUGACCUAAGGCCCGAGGAGUGUCGGGCGGACGGCGCAGAUCUCCGUACACAGAUCCUCCAGUGCUUUGAGAGCCUCGAGUCUGACCUGAAACACCUACAGGCAGUGGAGCUGGAGUUUUACAGCCAGAGGGAACUGGAGGCAGCAUCAGCGCAGCCAGUGGGGAACAGCUAAUGCUGGAAAUGUUUAGAAGCAGAGGAGUCAGAUGAGGUGAUUGACGUGGCGUUUGGGAAUGACCUGCAACUCUGACCGUCUGAACAAUUCAGCUAAAGCUUUGCACAGUUUUCAGAGAUGAGACCAGUGUUUAGGUGUUGGGGCUGUGCUGCCUGGAGCACACCCUCCCUUCCAGAAUCUGCUGAUUUUACUCCACAUUGCAGAUGUACACAAACUCUGGUAGAACUUCAGCUGCUUGGACUGAAAAAUUCGAGAUGUAUUUAUUUGUAUUCACUUCCUUUGAUAAAUGCAAUUUUUAAAUAAUUUUAUUUUCAUAGCCUGCAAAAAGCUGAUCUGCAGCUUCCAGGCCAGUGCUGUCGCUGCAUUGGUGCUUGGCACUACAUGAUAUAGCCGGGCUUGUAAGAUGCAGCUACAGAAGAAUGCACAGGUGUCUCUGCCAGGCAGAUGUGCAUUGUAGUGGGCUGUAGUACAGCACAGCUGUAGAAUCAGGAUUAAGGACCAACACCCUUUAAGCCAUUCCAGUGACAAGAUGCUCCAAUAAUGGGAAAAGCAGGAAACGCAACUCGUCACACCCAGCGCAGUGACACUCUGCCAAGAUCCCAGCGGCUACAAUCUGAGUGUGAGGCCAAUACUUGACCCAAGUGAACCUUAAUGCAGCUGUAAGAGACGAGGCGCUGCUUCUCUGUUCAUAACCUACAAUGACAGGCUGGUGAGAUUCUGCCCCAGAGCAGCACAAGGCUUCAACUUUAUUUGUUCAAAGCAAAUGGUCAGCUCCAGUAUAUCCUGUGAAAGCUGUGCUGCAAAAGGUCCUUCUCCCCCCCCCCCCCACCCACAGGCUGCAGUGAAGAGUAAAAAUCCUGCCCUAGGCAACAUCCCGUUUUACAGAAUUUCAGGCAUUGUUGUCGUUGUUGUUGAUGGUCUUUUGAAUCAGAUCCAUGCAGCCACCCUGUAACAUCCCCAAUAUGUCGCAGUGAAAAGUUUAUAAAUUGUUCUGGAAGGGCUGCCGUUCAUGAUUUCCUUUGUGCAUUGGGCGUAGAGCACACAAUGGGGCUGACGGUCAGACCUCUUCAGAUUACAGCUCAAACCUCCGUACCAGCACUUAGAAGAGAGGGUGCCCCCUCCCCAUGUCACCCCUUCCCACUCCACACCCAAAUCUCGAGAAGUUCACUGUCAAUGAAAUCUUCAAUUAACCCACAAUGUUUUAUUUUCCAUUUUGUCUGGAUAUUAAGCAAAGAAAAGUUUGUUUGCCGAUCUCUGCUACAGGCUGUUUAGCUGAGGCCAGUUGGAUAUCUCUCUUCAGUUGAAUUGUCUGGUGUGUUUUCCUUAACGUCUUUGUUGAAAUGAAAUAAUUAUGUUUUGUUUUUAAAAGUGCUCGGGCUCAGCUGUGCACAUCUCCACAGUAAUCACACGCUGCUGCUGCCCGUCUCGCUUCAUGGUGCUGUGUCACCUUGUGUUGCAUAUGGAAGUGACCACUGUAAUGCAGCUGCACAAUGCAGUCGUUGUGAUGCAUGAACAAAUGGCCAGAAAUAAUGCGGCCAAAGCUAAAGGCAACUGAGCAGAUCUACCAUUUCCUGCAAUUAAUUGAAAUUAAUUGUAUAAAAAUCUGCCCCUUUACAGUAAAGCUGAGCUGUACAUGGCUGUCUCUGGUUUAUACACUGUACAAACAGACAGACGGACAGCUCGUAGCGAUUACAAGAAGUUUGCUCGAAUCAUUCCUGAAUCAUUCAUGUGGGAUUUUCUGAGGAACAGUCUCUUUCAGAUGUUUAUGUUCUCACUGCUCAUUCCUGGCCUCUUGGUAAUGUACACUUCUUGUAUAUUCUAAGUUGCCAAUGCACAUCUCACUGGCCAGGCUCUCGUCAGUUUGUACUUUUACCGGCUAAAUGUAGGUGUUUCUGAACAUUGCAUUUGGUUGCAUUUAAUUGCAAAAUAGCAUCUUGUUUAAGAUUAGCAAUGACAUUAUGUUACUUGAAAAACAACUAAUUCUAUUUCUGGGAUCUGGGAUUUGGUUAUUAUUAAAUCUGCUUGUGCCAUUAGACGUUUUCUCUUCCCUUUGGUUCCAGAGGGUUCAAAUAUAAACCGGAUCUGGUUCCAUUAGGUGACCUGUCACUCGGGGCUUUAGACCAGGUUCAGGUUUGAAACGGAGGCUUUAGACAAUCGAUGCAUUCUAAGCCGUUAAGGUUUAAACGUAGUUAUAAAUAUUUUACUUGCAGAAUGUAAUGUCAAGAGUACGGCUGAUAAUCGUACACUGUGUGAUAAUGUAAAACAUUUCACUUCAUUUUAUUCAUUUAACAAAUCCAAAUAAAACUUUAAAAGAA